UCUCUGCUCCCAGAAAAUGACAGAUGGAGUGAAACGAGAUCCCAGUUGCUUGCACAGAUGGAUGUCUGUAUGGGAGGAAGAGUAGCAGAAGAGCUCAUAUUUGGAAGUGAUCACAUCACAACAGGUGCUUCCAGUGAUUUUGACAACGCUACUAGAAUUGCAAAGCUGAUGGUGACUAGAUUUGGAAUGAGUGAGAAGCUUGGUGUUAUGACCUACACUGAUACAGGGAAAGUUAGUCCUGAAACUCAGUCUGCAAUUGAACAGGAAGUAAGAACACUUCUGCGGGAGUCAUAUGAGCGAGCCAAGAACAUCCUGAAGACUCAUGCAAAAGAACACAAGAAUUUAGCAGAAGCUUUAUUGAAGUAUGAGACUUUGGAUGCCAAAGAAAUCCAGAUUGUUCUAGAGGGGAAAAAACUAGAAGUAAGAUGAUAACUUCUGGGAUAUGUAACUGAUAAUUUGAAGAAUGUACAUCUAGCAAUGCAGUAGUCUUACUCAGCGUAGCCUUUUUUUCCCUUCCUGAUGUGUGUAUGGCAUUAGUGUCACUUAAAAUUAAUCUGUCUCCUGUGAGCUUCUGUUACUCAUCUGUUUGUUGUGUCUCAUCAGAAUAAGACACAAAAUAAAGUAAGUUCCUCAUCCUUUGCUCCCUAUACUCUUCGCACAAGAAAUUUAUUCAGAAGGAUAAAUCUCAGGGUUGAAUUCAGCAUUUUGGUUCAAGCAGAUGUGUUGAAGCUGAGAAGAAGGACAUGCAGAUGCACUGAUGUGUUUCUGCACAGCUUCCUGGGUCGUGCUGCUACAUGUGGGUUGGAGGUGGGUACCCCACAGUAU